AUGUCAAUUGAAUGCAAUGAAGAUGAACUUGUGCCGCCUAAGUGGUUGGAUGGAGCAUUCUUUCAGAAAGUGGCUGGGAGUAUAGAAAAGUGCAGUGGUGAUCCGAAGAUCUGUGACUUGAAAAUUAGUCCAGCCUCUCAAAAGGGAGACCACUAUGCAAGCGUUAUGUUUCGCGCCAUUUUCAAAUACAAAUGCAACAACAGCACAGUCAAGGAACAGAUAGUCAUCAUAAAAACUGUACCAGAACAGCACUCGGAGAAGUACCGGCAGCUGAGCGGCUGGCAUUUCUUUGCCAAUGAGGCACUUAUCUACAGCGAGGUGAUACCAAAAUUUGAAGCUAUUUGGCGGCAUUAUGGAGAAAAUAUCAAAUUCGGUGGACGCGCCCUUUACAGCGCACUUCAGCCGCAUCCCGUCAUUGUGUUGGAAGAUUUAUGUCUUGCCGGCUACGACAUCUUGCGCGACCGCCUGCUCCAGCUCGACGAAGUCAAGGCAUGUCUGCACAAGUUGGCCUGCUGGCAUGCUGUCAGCCAUAAAGUGACACUGCAACAACAACGAGCCGUCAACCGCACACCACCCGUGUCGGCCGCGUCAGCAGAGUGUGAGCGCGCUGCCCGGGCGGCAGUGGUGUCGCUGCAGCACGGCCUCUUCACCGCAACGAAUCUAAUGAAUUCGGCAUACAUACACAAUGGCUUGCGAAACAUGAUUGCGGCUCUCGAGCAGGCAGGUGGACUUGAAGUUUAUUUAACCAAAUUGCGCGCCUUGCAGCCGCAAUUGCUGGAACGUUGUCUGGAAAUGAACAAUGCGUACGUGGCGGCGGGGGUGGAGGGACCCAUUCAUGUGCUCAAUCACGGUGACUUUCACACACGUAACCUGAUGGUGCGGCAGACAGCAGAUGGCCGCGUGGAGGAUGCGGUAUUUAUUGACUUUCAAGCGAGCUUUUUAGGUCCUUCCUGCUGCGAUUUGCAGUACUUGAGUGUGACCUUGUUCGAUCGGCAGCUGCGCGAUGAGAAGCGUGAUGAGCUUUUCAGCUUUUAUUUUCAGUGCUUUGUUGAGGGCCUGCGGCAAAUUUACUUGCUGGCUACGAAUUUACCAUUGACCGCGCUCAACCCCGCAAAGGGCUGUGAUGUUGACAUAAUUGGAAUAUUUAAUGAGGAAAAAUAUCGCAGCUUUUAUUAUAGAAACCCUGACUAUAUUGCAUAUUUGCGGGAAUUAUUACCGAUAUUAUUAGAUUAA